AUGGCCAUGAACCCGAAUAUGGGCAUGGCCAACAUGAACCCCAUGGGCGGGCCUGUCGGCGGCGCGCCAAUGCCCAUGAUGAACAAUGGUGUUCCCUUGAAUCCUCAGCAGGCCGCCGCCGCCGCCGCCGCCGCCGCACGACAGUCACAGCUUGACAAUCAGCGCGGCGUCCUCAACACCUACAUCUACGAAUACUUCAUCCGCUAUGAAAUGUUUGACUGCGCUCGCUCGCUGCUGUCGAGCAAUCAGCAGGUAAACGUCCACAAAGAGGGAAAGGGUGGCAACGCCGCCAACGGCGAAGAUCCCAUGGACACCGACUCCAAGGAUGACUUGGACAAGCUGCCCGAUGGCCUGCCGCCUCCCAAGCUCCCUAUGCCAGCCUCCGACUCUUCGUUUCUUUACGAGUGGUUCUGUCUCUUUUGGGACAUCUACAACGCUCAGCGUGUCAAGGGUGGCAAUGGCACCGUCAACCAAUAUGUUGCUCACACCCAGCAACAGUCCCGAUUGAAGCAAAACCAGCAACAAGAGCUGCUGCGUCAGAUGCGCCCCAAUGACCUUGCGCAACAACAAUAUACAGCCCAGAUGAUGAGAAUGCAGAAUGGCAACAUGAAUAUUGGCAUGAAGCAGGGCAACCUCGCCCGUGCUGCCAUGGCGAACAACCAGAAUAAUCCCCAGAUGAUGAUGCAGCAGGCCAAGCAGAACCAGAUGCAGCGUGAUCCGUCUGGUAUGGAUCAGAGCCGUGAUCGCCCGUCGUCACCCGCGUCCGGAGAGAAUGCGCCGUCACCUUCCAAGAGACCACGUAUCGAUGGAGGAACACCUUUUAACCCUAACCAGCCCGGGAUGGUCGCCAACGGCCGACCCGCUCAAGGCAUACCCGGACAGCAGAUGCCGAACAACCCAAACGUCGCAGCCGCUCAGCAGAUGCUGACCGCAAAUGGUAUCAACCCAAGUAGCUUAAAUCCGCAACAGUUUCAAAACUUUGUCAACGCUCCGCCGGCUGCUCAGCAAAAAUCGAUAGCCACGUACUCUCAGAACCUGCAACAGCACCAUGGCACCCAGAUGGGCAACAAGCAACAAAUGCCAAACGUCGGGGGACCUCAGAAUCAGGGCUCGCCCAUGAUGGGGCCAGGACCUGACGGAACUGCGCUCAAUGCCUUUUACAACCCUACCGGUGAAAUGGCUGGUCCAGGGGGGAUCCGGCCAGGCCCUGGCGGUGCCCAAGCCGCUGCGGGGAGUAAUCAUGCCUUGCAGGACUACCAGAUGCAGUUGAUGUUGCUGGAGCAGCAGAACAAGAAGCGCCUCAUGAUGGCCCGCCAGGAACAGGACACCAUCACUGGCAUGCCCACAAGGGAUGGAGCCGCUCCUGGUCCUCCGGGCCAGCCGGUUCAGGGCCCCAAUGGCCAGUCCUUCCCUGAAGCUUCCCCGCAGACGAUGCGGUCUGGAGCGUCACCAAACCCUGCCGACCAGAUGAAGCGUGGCACCCCCCAGAUGAACAAUUCGGGCAUCCCGUCACCGGUCCCUGAAGGUGCUCAAUCGCGCGAGUCUCCCAACCCGGCCAUGAACUUUAUGGGCAACCAAGCCGACCCCAGCAUGGCACCUCACUUCUUCAAGCCUGGUACCGACAUGACCCAGGCCCAAAUGAACGGCAUGAGGCCACCAAGCUCGCACCCUGGACAGCCAUUCAACGGUCAGAUGAACCCACAGCAGAUGAUGGCAGCACGCCAAAUGCAACAACAGGCACAGGGGCAACAAGGACAGCAAGCUGGCCAGGGCGCAUCAGGGCAAUGGCAACAAGGUCCCAAUGGUCAAACGCCUCAGGGCAUGCAACAGAACCAGCAGGUGCAAGGAACGCCGCAACAACGAUCGAUGCCUCCACCUUCGGCGCCUGCCGCCACUGCGAAUCCCAGUAGCCGAACGACUGCGUCGCCCCAGCAGGCUGCGGCUGCUCCUCCGACGCCAAGUCAAGGGAACAAGCCUGCGCCCAAGAAGAAGGAGACAAAAGCUGCCAAGGAGAAGCGCGCCGCCGCCGCCGCAAAGAAGGCCAGCCAAAAUGCCAACCCUGCCGGAGCUACCCCAGCCGGCGAGAACCCGGGCGAGACAGAGGCCACGCCAGUGACGCCUAUUACUCCGGGCAACGCAGGAUUCAACAAGAAUGCGCAGAACGGAGUUACUGGCGCCAAUGCACAGGCCGCCACGACCACCACUGCUCCAGCUGCUGCACCGGCUCCUCAAGCCGCACCUGUACCGCCUCAGGCCCAUGGCGAUCCAAGUCAGAACGGAAUGAUGGACAAUUUUGGCAGCAUUAUGGAGUUUGGAUCUAUGGAGCUUGCCAAUCCCCUGCAGUCUGGCGAUGUACUGAACGACUUCGACUUCGACUCGUUCCUUCAUGAAGACAAUACGGAGCCGUUCGAUUUUAACGGCUUUUCAAGCAUGGAAGGAGGUGAUCCGAUCGGAGCCGAGUAG